AAGAAAACACACAAGAUUACAAUGUCGUCGUUCAAAAUCGGAUUAUCAAAGCAAGCAAUUUUUGCAGUUACUCUGUUAAUUUUACUGCUCUCUCUUCUUGUAUGCACAUCUUUUGCAGCUUCGGGCGGCAGAAUGGGCGGUUCUUCGUUCUCUAAAUCUCGCCGAUCAUCAUCCUCAUCGAGUCGUCCUUCAUAUUCUAAUUAUCAUCACCGUCAUCAUUAUCAUCAUCAUACGAAUACAGCUACAGGGUACAGUUCAUCUAGUAACACAAGUACUUGGUCUCCUUGGUGGUGGGAGGGGCUUAUGAUAAUUUGCAUUCUCUUAGUAAUUUUGAUUCCUAUGGCCUACUGUAUCGGUAUAUCAAACGGAAGCAGUCUUAUAAUGAUCCAGGUUGGAUUAACAGGGAAGGCUAAUACACUUCAGAAAAAGCUCAAUGAAAUUGCCAAAACUACAGACACUUCUUCAUCCAAAGGAUGGAAUCUCAUCCUGUCAGAAACGACAUCGACUUUACUCCAACAUCAGCAUUACUUCAUCUCUGGUUAUAUGACUGAGAAAAAUCACACGGACAUUGAAACUCUGGAGAAGAACCUUAAACAACUCUUAAAUGAAGAAAGACAAAAAAUAGACAUUGAAUCUCUGGUUAACGUCAACAAUGUUAGAAGGCAGAUAAGAAUUAUUCACAAAUCUCGCAAGUCUGACAAAAGUUACAUUGUGGUGACAAUAUUCAUAGCUGCUAAAGGCUGUUACAAACUUUCUGCCAUUAAAAGUAUUGAUGAAUUAAAAACAGCCUUGCAAUCUUUGAAGUUUUCUUCAGAGAAACUCAUGGCUGUUGAAGUGCUCUGGACUCCACAGGAUGAGAAUGAUACUCUGCCAGAGGAUGAAUUGCUUGAAAAUUAUCCACUUUUGAGACCUAUUUAAUUUAUGAGAUGAUAAUGUCUAUAUUUGUAUUGUAUUUGAUAAAAAAAAAGAUUUCUAGCACCUUUUGUUUGGAUUGAAGAGAACUUGGAGGAAAUGAUAGAAAAGUGGGUUCCCCGUUCCUAUA